AUGGAGGUCGCCGAGUUGGAUAAUGAUACGAGGGGUUGGAUCAUGUGCCUAGUGAGCGGCGUUGCAUGCGUGAUAGGAUCCGCUAUCAUCUGCGUCGAUGUAAUCGUCCGGCUCUUCCCCGGUAAAAAGGAUUUUCGAAUACAAGACAGCAAUACCUUUCUCGCCUGCUCGCUGAGCUUGAGCUUUGGCGUAAUGUUAUUCAUGUCGCUGUACAGUAUGUUACCCGAAUCGAAGGACUACCUUAUGAAGGGAGGCUAUUCAGAUCAGACGGCAGGCUUCGUCUUGAUGGCCUGCUUUGUAGGCGGAUUCGUGGGUAUUCAAGUAUUAUCAAGAUUAUUUCACCGGCUCAUUCCUUCGCACGUUGUCGACUGCGACCAUAGCCACGAUGAUCAUGCUUUAGAUAGCCAUCAUACUCAUGCAGAUGGCUUCAGCCGAAGGCUAUCUUCACAUGCCUCCCAUGCUCGAAGCAUCAGUAGACGCAAUCCUUCCGCACAUGCCCAUCUUGACGGCCCAAAGCCUCCAGUGAGCGAAAAUGGGCACGCUAGCGAGAUUACGCCGCUUCUACAAACAGACCCCUCCAACGAGACAUAUCGCGCCCGGCCACUAAGGAGGGCAGAGACCGAGAGCCCCACAGAUGGGCACAUACCUAUAGCCUUACGUGGUCCCCGCAGCCGAGCGAUGACGUCGGAAAGGCGACCUUCGAUGUUGCAGAAGCGAGUUAUGUCCUUUGUAAAAGAUACCAAGCCUAAUUGCGAUGAGGCUGGCCCUUGCUACGGAUACUCAGAUCCGUGUGGACAAGAAUGUUUCAAACACCUCAGCAGUCGAUCCGCACCCCUAUCCCGAGUGCCUACUUUACUUCGUUCUGCUACCAUAGGACAUACUGAACAGUGUAUCGAGACGGUAAAUGAGGACGACGAUGAUCUUGAUACUUCAUCUACUGUAAGUCCUACAUGUCGGAUGAGUCGUGUGCAUUCGCGUGAUGUUCACCCCGAACAUGAAGACGAACACCACUCCGAGAUGUCGGAAGACGUUGAGGCCCAGCAUCAUCAUCACGUUCCCGAGAACGCAUUUCUGUCCAUCGGCCUUCAGACCUCUAUUGCGAUCGCUCUGCAUAAAUUCCCCGAAGGCUUUAUCACUUACGCAACGAAUCAUGCGAACCCUUCCCUUGGUUUUAACGUAUUUUUGGCACUAUUUGUGCACAAUAUUUCCGAAGGGUUUGCACUUGCAUUACCGCUCUAUAUGGCCCUACAUAACAGAUUCCGUGCUAUGCUAUGGGCUUCUGUACUAGGUGGUCUAAGCCAGCCAUUAGGAGCGAGCAUCGCGGUACUGUGGUUUAAAUUGGCCCAGCAUACGAACAUAACGCCUGACGCCGUGGCGUACGGCUGCUUGUUCGCUAUUACGGCAGGCAUUAUGGCUAGCGUGGCCCUGCAGUUGUUUGUCGAGAGUCUGAGCCUCAAUCACAACCAGAAUUUAAGCAUUUUAUUUGCGUUCUUGGGUAUGACGCUGCUGGGAAUCAGCAAUGCCUUCACUGCGCACGCACAUUGA